ACGAACAGGACGAACUGAAAAUACGAAACAAAAUAUACAAGAAAAGUGUUUUGUGUGUGUUUGCAUUUCCCCGCGUGUUUAGAUGAGACGCCAUUUAAAAUAAUAAAUAAAUAACAAUAUUUAUUAAUUUAUUAAUAUCAUAUAUUAUUUAUUAAUAAAAGUUUUUAAAUAUUGUUAUAUAAAUAAUUAAGUUUUAAGUGAGUGGAAUAUACACGGGUGGUUGUUGUUGAAUACAGUGAAUUUUUAACAAUACCCAUAACCUGUAAUUGAUUUGAUUACAUUAUUAUAAAAUAAAAAAAAAAAAAAGUAAAUAUAAUAAUUAAUUAAGUUAUAAACAUGGUGCCACUUGGACCAUCACCUGGGCAUCAACAAGCCUCUGUCAACAAUUCAUCAUCAACACCAACGAGCGGUACAAAAGCAAGUUCAACAUUGAAACCAAAUUAUACAAUAAAAUAUACACUUGCUGGACAUACUAAAGCAAUAUCAUCAGUUAAAUUUAGUCCUAAUGGAGAGUGGCUUGCAAGUUCUUCUGCUGACAAACUUAUAAAAAUAUGGGGUUCUUUUGAUGGUAAAUUUGAAAAAUCAAUAUCUGGCCACAAGCUGGGAAUAUCAGAUGUUACAUGGUCAAGUGACAGCAGACUUCUUGUAUCAGCAUCUGAUGAUAAAACACUUAAAAUAUGGGAAUUAAGUACUGGUAAAUGUUUAAAAACAUUAAAAGGACAUAGUAAUUAUGUUUUUUGCUGUAAUUUUAAUCCACAAUCAAAUCUCAUUGUUUCUGGUUCAUUUGAUGAAAGUGUUAAAAUUUGGGAUGUAAGAACUGGAAAGUGUUUAAAAACAUUACCAGCACAUUCUGAUCCAGUUAGUGCUGUUAAUUUUAAUAGAGAUGGAUCACUUAUUGUAUCAAGUAGUUAUGAUGGUUUAUGUAGAAUUUGGGAUACAGCAUCUGGACAAUGUUUAAAAACACUUAUUGAUGAUGAUAAUCCACCAGUAUCAUUUGUUAAAUUUUCACCAAAUGGAAAAUAUAUAUUGGCUGCAACACUUGAUAAUACUCUUAAACUUUGGGAUUAUAGUAAAGGAAAAUGUUUAAAAACCUAUGCUGGACAUAAAAAUGAAAAAUAUUGUAUAUUUGCAAAUUUUUCAGUCACUGGAGGAAAGUGGAUUGUGUCUGGCUCUGAGGAUAACAUGGUAUAUAUUUGGAAUUUACAAACAAAAGAAGUUGUUCAAAAACUUCAAGGUCACUCUGAUGUUGUACUCUGCACAGCGUGUCAUCCAUCAGAAAAUAUAAUUGCAUCUGCUGGAUUGGAAAAUGAUAAAACGAUAAAACUAUGGAAAAGCGAUACAUAAAAAUAAGAAAAAUUAAAAAUUUCAAAGAAAAUGUAUUUAAAAUUAAUUUUUAAGGCUGUCUUAAUAUUUUAUGUACAAUAAGUAAUGAAAAUUUUCGAAAAAAUGGUAAAAAAAAAAAGAUGCUAAGUUGUAACAAAGUUAAUAACAUUUGUAUUGUUUAAAAGAACAUAAUUAUCAAAAAAAAAAAAGAGAAAUUGAAGUUGUUUAUAUAAGAUGAUGAAAAAAUAA